AUAAAACAAUAAAUCACAAGCUUUUAAAAAUAUUCCUGGCGUUUUUAUUGAGUUAGUUUAUGAGUUGAUAUCUCUUAUGUGACAUGAUUUUUAUGACACACUUACAAAAUCAUUAAGUACACUGUACAACAAGGUUGUGGGAAUAGUUUUCCGCAAAAAUCAUUAAUUUUAUUAAUUUCUCUGGAUAAUUUACAAUUAUUACAAGGAUAACCACUUGAAAUGAUUGAAAUAUUUAAAAUUGCCGAUGUGGAGCAGAAUUUUAGCAUAAAACAGAAACCGUGUAGAGCCUGCGGGGGUUCCCCCAGGUCGUUGCUCGAGGGUCAACCACCACUUCAUUAAAAACGAGGCGCUAACGGGGGUUCAUUACCAAAAAACUCAUUUAGCAAAGUAAUAUAUCGUAUGAUAGGGUGCAUGCCCUAUGUCAAGGAAAAACGUGUUCGACAACGAACCCAAAUGAUCGAGAUCCGAUUAUCGGAAGUAUUAACAUAGGGCAACAUAUCCGGAGGCGUCAACGAAUCAAAAUUGCCUUCUCCCUGGACCGUAUAAAAGCGUGUGGCACGUGUGUCCAUUCUUAGUAAGUCUCCACGAUGGCAAUAACAGUGUUCCACAGGAUCGUGUUCGCCUGCAUGAUGUUCUAUUAUGUUUGUUGCGUGUCGGACUUGGCCGAGGAGACAUGCGAAACGAUACCCUCGGAUCUGCACCUAACCAAAGAGGAGUACGACGAGCUGGGAAGACUUCAGAGGACGUGCAACGGCGAAGUGGCUGUAAAUAAGUGCGAGGGCUCCUGCAAGAGCCAGGUCCAGCCUUCAGUCAUCACGCCCACAGGAUUUUUGAAGGAGUGUUAUUGUUGUCGUGAGAGCUACCUAAGGGAGAGGAUCAUAACGCUGACCCACUGCUACGAUCCGGACGGCGUACGUCUAACCGGCGAGCACAACAACGCGAUGGACAUCAAGCUGCGGGAGCCGACCGAAUGCAAAUGCUACAAAUGCGGCGACUUCAGCCGAUAAUAACUUUCGACGUGCUUUAUUUUAUAAUUCGUAUUUGUUAUGACAGGCACCCGCGAUUUGUGAUACAUGAGUUUCGUUCGACGGUUUUAUAUAGAAACAUGUAGUUGUUGCUUUAUUGUAGAAUUUACCCGUUUGUAUUCAGGAAUUCAUAAUAAAAUAUAUUUUUAGUUUAACAUGCGUCUCACUUCAUUAAGUGCUUUCUUUUGAAUAAAUUUAUAUUUUUACAGACGUUACCAUAACCCUUAUUGAAUGAAUGUUGCCAAGAAAGGUUAUUAAUAUUAUAUUUACAAUUUUAGAAACGAAAACGUUUGCCACUGCGAUUAUUCAGGUUUUUAAAUAAAGAUUGGCUUGAAUGUGUAAUAAAAAUUAAAU